AUGGCUGCGCCCAUGGAGAGGUCGGGAAAGGUGAUUCCUGCGCAGUUAUCCUUCCUGGCUGUCUACAAUCCCUCGCUUGGACCUACCGAUGAGACGUUCCGUGACCAGAUCGUCUUCUAUUAUUCAAAAGCUGCGAAGACAAAGCGCAAAGGCGGGAGUCAAGAUGCAGACACCGAAAAAGAGCUGCAGGAGGAGGAAAAUGAGAAACUGCGGCAGAUCGGGCUGGCGCAGGGCAUGGUGAACUUUGCCGCAAGCUUCUCCAAUGGCGAAGCUGUGGACUCGGUCGAGACGGAGAAGUCGCGCAUAGUUAUGCAUGAGCUAGAGAAAGGCUGGUGGAUUCUGGCAUCGGUUGACCUGACACGGCUGCCCGCACCCACAGCCACGUCUGCGACCAGCUCUGGAUCUAGUCCCAACACCGAACCUGCCGUCGAGUAUUCUUCGCGAGAAGUGAGCCCUCCUGCGCUGCUGCUUCAGCAACUCCUCCGAGCCCACUCAAUCUUCCUGUUACAUCACGGCCCAUCGCUCGGCGACCUUUUUACCCGCCUCGCACGCCCGAAGUUCUGCAACAUCAUGGAGAAGUUCUGGACGCGCUUUGCUAGCAGUUGGGACGUCUUGCUGCACGGAAGUCCUGCGGUCGACAUAUACAAUGGCAUGAAGCUGGCUGCGGGCGGGGAGCUCGGUAUAGGUGUUGGAGAGGAGGAGUGGGGUAGUGGAGAACGCGAGGUGCUUGAGCAUUUCGCUUCCAGUACAGAUGGGCUUGUGGAUCUCGUUGUGUCGCGGUUUGGCGAGCCAUCUGAGGAGCAGCAGCGGGACCCAUCAGCCAAGAAGUAUCCCGCCCACUCAUCUGAGUAUUUGGAGCCCUGGAUGGGCAGUGGACAACACCCAGGCGCUGCAGAUGGUGUCAUCUUCUCUGGUGUAGGCGCUAUCUCUCGGUCGUCGCUACGAGAUGUCUCGGCCUGGAUGCAGUGGAUCUACGGCUACGGCGACUACGCUUAUGGCGUGAGAGAGAAUCCAACUUCAACGCGGAGAGUUCGACGAAGGAACGCACGGGGGCAGAUCUCGGACAGCAGGCCUUUACCACGCAGAUUCUCUACUGGCAGAACAAUCACUCAGGAUAACCAGGGCGAUACCGCGUCUAAUCAUGCAAAGACAUCGUCAUCUGGAGCGUUGCCGAAAGGCAUACCGCCGCCCAUCGUAUCGGCUGUUGAGAAGUCCUUGGACCAGGCAUCGGAAGCAGUAGACGCUUCCCAAGGAGCACAACAAAGCGAGAGCGACCGAAGUGCAUCAGGCUUCAUGGACCCGGACACAUGGGUGAAGUAUCUCACACUCGGCUACGGCUCUAGCUGGGGCGGCAAAAGACCAAGCACACCAAGAACAGCGUCGCAGAGAACGGUAACGCAGGACGAUACUGGCGGACGAGGGCGGUCCGAAGAGCCUGUAAUGCAGCACAUUGACCCACAACCAGAGGUCAAUCAGCUGGAGGAGAAGCUCAAGACGCAGAUCGCCGCCGAGAAUGCAGGCCACUUCAUCAUUGGCCUAAAGGGAGAUCUCGAAGACGACAGAGACGAAGAUCCCGACGCCGCAGACGCAGGAGACGGCGAUGGGGGCACCCGAACCCUCCUCCGCACCCUCCACGUCGAAGUCACAAGGCCCCCGUCCUCCAAAAGCCACUCAUCCUCCUCCUCCGAUUUAUCCUCAGAAGACCGUCAGCCCCCCCAUCCACCCCGCCAACGCCUCCGCGUCCUCGUCUACGUCCACCGCCCCUUCAUCUACACCCUCCUCUUCAGCCCGCACACCUCACCCCUCAGCCUCCCCUCCUUCUACCGGCACCUGCACACCUAUCUCGCGCCCCUGCACCGCCCGCUCAGCGCCUCGACCGCCCCGUCUCGCGUUGCAGCCCGCAUCCAGGCCGCCAGCAACCCGUAUACCACUACCUCCACCUCGGCCGCGGCCCCGAACGAGCAGCCCAUCUACGACCUUGUGUACGAUCCGAGGACGCUGACGCUGCAUUCGAGCGUCCCGAAUAUCCCUGAGCCGGGGAGCGCGGCGGCGGAGGGGAUUGCGCUGGGGGGAGGCAGGGCGCCCUGGACCCGCGUCGAGGCGCUAAACGUGCACGCGCAGAUCCUGGCGACGGUCGCGGGCACGAGGAGGCAGGCGCACGAAAUUGAGCGCACGGCCAAGACGGGGCGCGGGUGGUGGAUCGUGUGGAUGCGCCUCCCCCCCUCACUACCCUCGCGACCCGGUUCGCCGGAGCGGGAUCAGGGGCAGGACAGGCUGGAAAAAGACGAGGAUGGCCGCGCGGAAGGGUCUGCCGUAUCGGCGAGCCUUCACCGCGAAACGACAGCCUCCUCCUCCUCCUCCACCGCCUCCCUCCACCCCCUCCGAAGCAGCACCUCCAACAACGUCUCAGCCACCUCGCUCCUCCCCGCCGACAGCGCGAGUAACAGGGCCUCCUCCACUACGCCUACGCCGCCGCGGUCCGAGGCCGGCGAUACAGCCGUGGGAGAAGCAGAGCCGGCGCUCGAACCCCGCGCGCAACCCGCUGGCCUCCGCGAAGCCUUCCUGGUGCGCCGCGCGCGGGACGCGGUAGCAGUCAAGGCGUCGGGCCAGAGGGGUGUGAGCGGUGGUAUGUGGGGGCUGGGCGGGAGUGGGGGUGGAGCGGUGGCGGGGGCCGGGGCGGGACAGGGGCCUAGGGGGCUGGCGGAGGGGAUUGGGGUUGAUGCUAGGAGGUAUGUUGAGGGGUUGUUGAGUUUGAGUCGGUAG